GAUCUCUCAAUAAAUAGGAAUGAAGUAUAAAAGAAUGAAUUUUCUCCAAAUCAUUCAAAACAUCUUCACAUGAAUAGAGAGAUACUUUUAAAAUAAGUUAAAAAUGCUGAAGCUUGUUAACGUAUUGUGUCUCGCGUUUUUUGUGAGUGUUAACUCUUACCCAUCCCCAUGCCCACUAGGCGCUUAUUUUCCUCAUUUAUCUGACUGUACCAAGUUUUACCAAUGUGCUCCAUCUGGAGCAGUGGAAAUGAGUUGCGCUCCUGGAACCGCUUGGGAUCAGUCUAUUCUAACAUGUAAUCAUUAUAGCGAAGAGCUAUGUCAACGUUAUGUAACAACAGCUGCAUCAGAUGAUGCAGAAGAAGAAACCACCACCGAAGCCGCCGAAACAACAACCAAAGCUGCUGAAACAACCACCGAAGCUGCUGAAACUACAACAGAAGCUGCUGAAACUACAACCGAAGCCGCCGAAACAACAACCAAAGCUGCUGAAACAACCACCGAAGCUGCUGAAACUACAACCGAAGCUGCUGAAACAACUACUGAAGCUGCCGAAACUACAACUGAAGCAGCUGAAACUACAACCGAAGCUGCUGAAACAACUACUGAAGCUGCCGAAACCACCACCGAAGCUGCUACAACAACCACUGAAGCUUCGGAAAUCACGACUGAAGCUGCCGAAACUACAACUGAAGCUGCCGAAACUACAACUGAAGCUGCUGAAACAACCACUGAGGAUCCCAUCGACAUUGCUGAGCAAAUUUGUGCUGCACGAAGUACUGAAAGAUUCAUAACCGCUGAUCCAACCUCAUGCAGCAACUACAUUAUGUGCAAUAACGGCCAAGUAAUGUUAAUAGGCUCGUGUGCGACAGGUUCCUAUUUUGACGCAAAAACAUCAAGUUGUUCAACAGACGACAGCGUUUGCAGUUCUUGAAUGUUAUUACAAUAUGUAUAUACAAUUGAAUAAACUAACUAUUAUAUUCCGUAUUAACAUA